AUGAAAAAUCUCGCACUGCAGAUCCAGCGCUCUGAGAACCUUGCAUACCUCGACCUCCCUUACACCCUUGGCGAGCUAAAUUCGAUCGCAAACCAGGGCGUGAGUGGAGAUACCAAGGUAUUUGGCGACGCUCUGUGGCUAGUCAACUUCUCCCUCUGGGCAGCAGUACACGUACGCACCAACAAUCUUCCCCAUAAGGUCAAGCUACUGACAUUUGAACAGGGUAUCACGCGCCUUCAAUUCCACCAAGGACCGAACUACCAGUACGCCUCAUGGCAGCCAAUCGAGAGCAAAGGUAUUCCUGCAACCACCAGACCCCCGUCUUACGGUCAACUCAUGGUUGCCAGUGCGAUCGGAAAAUCCAAGAACACACGCAUUUUCAGCAUCCCUCUAUCGGAGAUACACAGUCCGCAUAUGCAAUCUGCAACGGAGACCGACUGUCGAAGCUGGUUGUGA